GCCGCCCAGGGCUGCGCACUCGUGCGCGUCGGAGUACUAGGUUCUCCGGACUGGGCCAACCUGGCCAGCCCGUGUUCCCCUGCGCCCCUGUUCCCGACCACAACGAUGGCGAUGACUCUGGACUUUCUGACAGUGAGGAGAGCGUGUUCUCAGGCCUGGAAGAUUCCGGCAGCAGCGAGGAUGGCGAAGGAGACAGUGGAACCAGCAGCAGUGAGUGCGGCGGUACAGAGAGGACCACUGAGGAGCAGGUGCAGGCCAGCAGCCCUUUCCCGAGCCCAGCCGAGUAUGCAGAGGACAGCUCCGACGAGGAGGACAUCCGGAACACUGUGGGCAACGUGCCCCUGGAGUGGUACGAUGACUUCCCCCACGUGGGCUACGACCUGGACGGCCGGCGGAUCUACAAGCCCCUGCGGAACCGUGACGAGCUGGACGAGUUCCUGGACAAGAUGGAUGACCCUGACUACUGGUGUCACGCAUGGUCCAUGCCAUCAAGAUGGGCUGGAUCCAGCCCCGCCGGCCCCGAGACCCUACCCCCAGCUUCUACGACCUGUGGGCCCAGGAGGAUCCCAAUGCGGUACUUGGACGGCACGCCAUGCACGUGCCGGCGCCCAAGCUGGCCCUGCCUGGCCACGCGGAGUCCUACAACCCGCCCCCAGAGUACCUGCUCAGCCAGGAGGAGCAGCAGGAGCCGACGGAGAGGAAGCCCUCGCUCCUGCCACGGCGCUUCCCUAGCCUGCGGUCCGUGCCUGCCUACAGCCGUUUCAUCCAUGAGCGCUUCGAGCGCUGCCUGGAUUUGUACCUGUGCCCGCGCCAGCGCAAGAUGAGGGUCAACGUGGACCCUGAAGACCUCAUCCCCAAACUGCCACGGCCAAGGGACCUGCAGCCCUUCCCCACGUGCCAGGCUCUGGUCUACAGGGGCCACGGUGACCUUGUCCGCUGCCUCAGCGUCUCCCCAGGGGGCCAGUGGCUGGGCUUAUCAACCCUGCCUUGGGCGACCGGCUGGUGGGGGGCGCCACUGACCAGCUGCUGAACGCCUUCACACCCCCCGAAGAGCCUGCCCUGCAGCCUGCCUGCUGGCUGGAGGCCUCAGAGGAAGAGCGCCUGAGGGGCCUGCGGCUGCGCAUCUGCCACAACAAGCCAGUGACGCAGGUGACCUGGCAUGGGCGUGGGGACUACUUGGCCGUGGUGCUGGCCUCCCCAGGCCACACCCAGGUGCUGAUACACCAGCUGAGCCGCCGCCGCAGCCAGAGCCCUUUCCGCCGCAGUCACGGGCAGGUGCAGCGCGUGGCCUUCCACCCAACUCGGCCCUACCUGUUCGUGGCCUCACAGCGCAGUGUUCGCCUCUACCACCUGCUGCGCCAGGAGCUCACCAAGAAGCUGAUGCCCAACUGCAAGUGGGUGUCCAGCAUGGCCGUGCACCCCGCAGGUGACAACGUCAUCUGUGGCAGCUAUGAUAGCAAGCUGGUGUGGUUUGACCUGGAUCUGUCCACCAAGCCUUAUAAAGUGCUGAGUGACUUGCUGCAGAACCCGCUGCUGGUGCCGGUCAAGGUGCUGAAGGGGCACACGCUGACCCGAGACCUGGGAGUCCUGGACGUCACCUUCCACCCUACCCAGCCCUGGGUGUUCUCCUCGGGCGCAGAUGGCACCAUCUGCCUCUUCAGCUAGGCCUCCUGCUCGGGGCGGGGCGGGGCGGCCCCUCAAUAGAACGCUGACCCCGCCAG